AUUUGAGGGUUUGAGCGCGACUCUCUUCAUGCACGGAGAGAAAGCUAGAGUCCAUUGUGAAGCCAUUUCGUUUGAUGCCGAUAACAUUCAAAGAAAUCACGGCAUGUUUUCACCUCGUGGUACCACAGGUUCUGGCCGUAGGCAAACAACAAGAACAGGCGGUCGGAAAAGUCUAAGCUGCACACCUACGGGACUUCUAUUCUCUCCCAGAAGGUCGGCAUUGCCAGCGAGAGUGCAGAGCCAUGGCCCAGUCGAAGCGAUCAACUUUGAUGUACAGACAUUUGGUUCCUCGCUGCCUGUCAAAGUGAUGGAGGCACUUAGCAUGGCCGAAUCGGAUGAUCAGAUCUCUGUGAAGAUCGAGGAGACAGGCUGGGCUUGGAUGGUGUGUGGAGAGAGGCUUGUAAUGUGGAAGAUUUGCCAGACAGCUGUCGCCAAGUUGUCAGUGUGCAAGGACCUGCAGUUACCGUCAAGUGAGUUUGCCUACAGUGCUGACCUCAUCUCCAUCUCGUCCUCCAACCAGCUGGACACCGCCCCUAUACAGUCGGUGUGUGUUCUGGCAGUGUCGCCUGAAGGAACCGUCCGGUUCUGGUCAAGUCUGGCCCAUGAGGGCAGCUUUGUGGAGACGACUGCAGACCUCGGGGGAAACCUCUGCAACUUUGUCACAGCAGUAAAGGGGAACAGUUUCAUGGUGUCCUCCUACAAAGGGCAGCUCCUCCGGGUCGGGGUGGAUGUGUUUGGAAAGCUGCAGCAGCGCCCCCUGCAGCAGGGACAGGGCGUGCUGUCCGGCCUCGGGCGACGGGUCUCCAGCCUCUUUGGCAUGUCAGCCACUCCCACGGAUGUCACAGUGCACAGUGUUCUGUGGGUGGCUGAGACCGGAUGUCUGUACACGCUGAGCUCCGCUGGGCUGAGUAAGUGGGAGGUGGAUGAGGGCUCUGAACAGCAAGGUCUCAGCUGGAACCCAGUCAGCAGUCUGGAGGAGUGCAUCUCUGACGCUAUCUGGGGGUCAGAAGUCAACUACGAUGAGAUGAAAGCGGGUGUGAAUGUGGCCUACCUGGACCUACAGCUGAGCAAGGAGGGGUUGGUUGUCCUGGCGGCAGCCUGGCACCCUGCAGAUACUCCCUGUCUGGUGUACUACUGUCUGGUCAUGCUGCCUGACCGCGUCUCCCUCACCUCGGAUGAAAUCUCAGUGGAAGUCACCAAACACAACCCGGCUUUUCAGACAGAGGAGGAGAUGCACACCACCCAUCUGGUCGUGCCCAGGGGCUCUCGCAGUGCUGCGUACCUGUACAACGAGGAGAUGGUGUUCACCUGUUCAAUGGCGAGAGGUCGGGGAGCCCUGCCCGAGGAGAGGAUUGCCUUUAGUGACCCAGGAGACCGUAUUCGUGGUGGAGGUGUGUGUGCCAACCUGCCGGUGUUUUUCUCCCACAAUAGUGGGCUUGUUGCCGUGGUACCUCGGGAGACUGUGUCCAUGCUUCCUGAGAUGAUGGAGGAUUCCCUCUGCUCCUCUCUGGCAGGUCCAGGAUCAGAGGCUGCUGCUGUGGAAAUGCCUAAAAUGGAUGGAGUUGCACAGGAAGACAAAAUCAAGUUACUAAAAUCUGCUUUCUUGCAGUUCUGUCGGCAUGAUGUGAUUGGCGCUCAAACCGUGGCGGAUCAGCUCCUUCCCAGCGAGCGUGACGGAGGGGAGGGUGCAGAGCUGGACGAGGUGGUGGCCCAGAUCAGCCGUGACCUUGUGGAUGAUUAUCCUGCCUCUGAUCCUCGCUGGGCUGAGUCAGUCCCUGACGAGGGUGCUGGCUUCCCCCUGACCUCCCUUAUAUUGCUGCACCAGCUGGAGGACAAAAUGAAGGCCCACGGGUGCCUGAUGGACUUCCUGAAUCAGAUGGGUCUGCUGGAGCGCUUGAGCUCGACCACAGUGCAGUCGUCUCCCAUGGCGACCAGGCUGUUGCUUUGCGAGCACGCGGAGAAACUGACGGCAGCCAUUGCGCUGAAGAACCACCACGCCAAGCACCCCGACCUGGUGAACCCCGCCAUCGUCAGCGCCCUGAAGAGGAGCAGCGCUGACGUGCCUGCCAGCCUCACCCCCGCAGACGUCUUCUUCAGAGAGGUGUCCGGGAUCUCUGUCAUCUUUGAGUGUCUCCUGGACGAGGAAGAGAAGGCUCUGAAGGAGAACCCCAUCAACUCACUCAAGUGGGCCGAGGUCGUCAUCGACGUCAACAACAUCAUCAAGGAUAUGCUUCAAGCAGCAUGCCAGUACAGAGAGAGUAAAGCCUCUUUCUACCGAGCUUCAGAGACUGCUGAAUCUGAGCCAGAGUAUAUCCCAUGGACAGCCUCUAGUGGCGUUCGAUCAGUCAUCACACGGCAGAAUGAGGUCAUCCUUAAAGCGGUGUACCCCCACGCUGACUCUGAGCUGCGCAACACCCUCAGUGAACAGCUGGUGGCGCUGCUCAACUCCUACCUGAGUGGCUAUGUGGCCCAGCUGAGCUCAGUGAACCGGGCCGCCGAGUCCGACCGCUACAGCGCUCUGGAGAUGGAGUACACUCACCGGCGCUCCGAGCUGCUCCUCCCACUGUUGGAUCUGGGCCAGUACCAGUGGGUGUCGGCCCUGGCGGAGAAGUAUGGUGACUUUGACAUCCUGGUGCAGAUGUGUGAACAGACAGACAACCAGAGCCGCUUACAGCACUACAUGAGUAAAUUUGCAGACCAGAACUUUGCAGACUUCCUGUUCCGCUGGUACAUGGAAAAGGGGAAGAGGGGGAAACUGCUCUCUCAGCCGGUCGCCCAACACCAGCAGCUGGCCAGCUUCCUGCAGGCCCACGAGCACCUCAGUUGGCUUCAUGACAUCCAUGUGCACGACUACCAGAGCGCUCACCAGACCCUGCACAGCCAGGCCAACGUGGAAACGCGCUACUUUGUCAAGAAGAAGACCCUGCUGGCCCUCGGUAAACUAACGGCUCUGGCAUCAGACAUGUCAGGGGCCAACAUGCAGAAGCAACUAGAUGAUAUCAUCGAGCAGGAGAGGUUCCUACUGCACCAGGAAACGCUUCCCAAACAGCUGCUGGAGGAGAAACAGCUCAACCCUGACACAAUGCCUCUUCUCAGUGCACACAACCUGAUUAAUCUAUAUAUCUGUGAUGAUAACCGCCGAGCCAACGAGUAUGAUUUCAAAAAAGCCCUGGACCUUCUUGACUACAUAGAUGAGGAGGACGCUGUGGACAUCGAGGCUCUGAAGUGUGAGAUCCUCUGCAAAGCCUUAAAGAGGGAUGACUGGGCAUCAGCUGAUGGUAAUGAUAACCCUGUGGAAGCAGCAAAAGACAGUAUCUUCAUCCGAAUUAUCGAAAAGCUGAUCCAAGAAGGUGUGCCUCUGCAGACAUACCUGCCUGAUGUCAAAGAACUGUUGCAGUUGGAAGAGAUCGAAAUCCUGCGGGCCAAGCCUUACUUUGAGUUUGUGCUGAGAGCCAACUAUGAGCAUUACCUACAGGUGCAGAUGUGACCGCAGCCUUCCUGUCUCCUCUAUCCUUUCUGUGUCACGAUAUUGUAUGUUUUUAUAUGCUUCAUUCAAACUCUUUCUCUGAAUAAAUAUUUUUUAAGUUA